AUGAGGACAUCGUUCAAACAUCAUCAGUUACGCACCAUGAAGCAGUACUUCAAUUUGAACCACAAUCCAGAUGCCAAAGAUCUUAAACAGCUCGCUCAAAAAACUGGACUGACCAAGCGGGUCUUACAGGUGUGGUUCCAAAAUGCCAGAGCGAAGUUUCGACGGUCAAUGCAUAACAGUGAUGGAUCGAGUAUUUCUCCUUUCCCCGUGGUAUCGUCAACUAGUCAGGAUGAGCAGGUACACGUCAUUGCCUUCAAUACUUCUCCG